GUUCUGACACAAACCUGAUUGGGCAACGAGAGACAAAUUUCCGUUGUGUAUUGAGUUAAACUCUAUAUAAGCUCUUUAGUAGCAAUGUUUGAUCUUACAUCUUUUCAGGAGAAACUAGUGCUGGAAGAAUGCAGAACCACAGAUUUCAAGAUGCUUUCCUCCACUCUUCGGCAUCCCAUUUCCUCUGGGAAAAAAUGCGUGGGCUCUUCUUUGUCCUGGUUACGUGCACAGUGGGUGCCUCUACUUUCCGAAUCCAGCAAGUGGAAAGCACAGAAAAAUGUCCAGAUCACACCGUGUUUUUCAAACACUACUAUGAACUCUAUGGAGAACCUGUGGUUCUGAAAUGCCCUUCCCCCAGAUACAAACAUUUGGAUUUUUCUGCCUUGACCCUUAAUGUCACAUGGUAUAAAAACGAUUCAAAAACGAUGAUGUCAGGAAGAGAUGAAGAUCCAAGAAUUUGGGCAAAAGGAGAUGCACUCUGGUUUUUACCAGCAAUGCUAGAAGACUCAGGAGUGUACAUCUGCACCAGAAGGAAUGCCUCCUACUGUGCCGAGGUGUCCAUCCACCUCACGGUUGUGGAAAAAACAGCUGCUCGUGAGAUCUCCUAUCUUCAAAUCCUCUUCACUUUCACAGCUGGAAAUGUUGUUUGCCCUGACCUGUGGGACUUUGUGCAAAAUAAGACAGACCUGGAGCUCAAAUGGUACAAGGAUGCACUGCCUUUGGAAGACAACAAUGAAAAAUUUGUAAAACUGGAAGGUUCAACCUCUCUGAUCAUCACUUCGGUAUUACCGACAGACUCCGGCUAUUAUACCUGCAAGAUGUCUUUUCCAUAUGAAGGUGUAAUGUAUGAAAUCACCAGGACAAUUCAGCUGCAGACUGUUGAACAAGAAAAGAGAAUUACCCCAGUGAUUGUGUAUCCAACUCAAAAGACGACAUCAGCUGCCCUUGGCUCCAGGAUGACUCUCCCAUGUAAAGUGUUUGUUGGCCUGAGCAGCCCUGUCUAUACCGAGGUGGAGUGGCUUGCAAAUGACACCAUUGUUGAUGUGGCUUACAAGCAAAGCAGACUUACAGUUGGGGAGCGACAAGAAACCACAGAAAAUGGUGAAAACUUCAUUGAAGUGCCAUUGAUUUUUGAUUCUGUCAAAGAGGUGGAUUUUUACACAGACUUCAAGUGUCUGGCCCAGAACAGAUAUGGAUAUCAAGUACUGCCAACAAGGGUCAAGCAGGAAGCUGUCGGCAUGUCCUGGUACACUGCAAUGAUUCCCAUCGCACUGGCCUUUGUGAUCGUGGGAGGGAUAUGCAUGCACAAGUGCUGGAAGCAGAGAGGUGAUAAAGGAUAUGCAAUAGCGAAGGUUUAAACUCUGCUUUGUUCUCCAACCACCAACAGAAAAUGUUUCAUUCUGGAUAUCCUUUGCAUAAGACAGAGAAAGACAUUUCAGACCUGGCCUGCUGCUUUCACAGUGGAUGGAUGUAUAUCCGCUUGUUUUCCUCUUCUCCAAGCGUUCCAUGAUCUGACUAAGUUAUAAAUAUAAGUUUGUAUAAAAUGCUGCCUAGAUGCAGGAAACCUCCUUCUAUUGUUUUGCAACUACAGUGCAAUUCAUAUUAUUUUGGAGCACUUAUUUUGGGGCACAGCAGAUUUGUGUCCUGAUUACAUGAACUAUAGGGAAAAGGAGGUGCUGUCACCCUCUCCAGUAGUCUUAUCACUUAAAAAAAGGAAAAAAAAAUCCUAAAACCUAAAAAAAUAAAUUAAGAAGGCUUCCUCUGGAAGGACUAUUCCACACCAGAGUGAAAAUAGAGUUUUCUUAUGUACCAAGACUCACUUCACUUCAGUUUAAAAAUAACCAUUUUUCCACUUUCCAGGGACAAAUACAGUUGUCAUGGCAACUAUACAACUACAAACUUUUCCACAGAAAAUCUAUUUUUUUUUCACCAUUUGGAUUACUCUUUGCUUAAGUAUCCUGUUACAGAAUAUCCCUCCCCCAGAGAUAACUUCAUCAACAUGGUAGUUGCACACUGGCUAAUUCAGGUCUGUUUAAUCUAUGGCCCUCUCAAGCUAGAGAUUCAUAGGCAGCUGUAACAUGUUGUUGUCUUUACCAUGAAAAGAAUUUGGAGGAUGUUUUACUGUUUUGAGAAUCAUUUGACUAAUGCCAGCUUUUAUUCUUGGAAGUUAUUUGACAGAUUACCAGUAAUAACGUGCAAGUCUCGCCCUUCUGUGCUUCUAAUUCUUUUGUUACUGACCUGAUUCUCCUCUCUGAUAUGAAUAUAAAAGUGUGGAAUGGAUUCCCAUAAGCAAUGAACCUGUACCAAUCUAAAACUGGUGCAGUUUCAGGAACCAUGUAUCCUUUAAAUUGAAGUAUGCAAAUUGAAUACUAAUGAUGCAAAACGCUACCUAUCGAGGUUAAUUUAUGCACCAUCUAGAUUCCAGUCUUGAUGCAGACCAGGAGAGAGUAAUAAAUAAUUGGUAACCAUUGGUGAUAACCAAACAAGACCACAGGAAUUAUUGCUGCCAAGUGCAGGAUGCUGAGGAUGAGAAAAAAUACACGUUUUAUAGGCAGAUAGGAAAAAGGUGGCUACAAAUGUGGAAAAAAGCCAAUCCAUGUGGAUAUCUGUUCUUUGAAGGAAGAAAACUAUAGGAGAACUAUCGCUGGAAGGAACAGAAAAAAACAAGAAAGUUUUAGGUACAUCAGGAAUGCUCAUUUUUAUCAGCAAUUGCUCGUCUCAAGCUAGAGAACAAAUUAGGUUUGUUAGUAAGUGUAACCUUUCAAAAGGUGCUUUGUUCUUUCCAUCCAUCUGUAUCCUCCAAGAACAGCAUUACAGCACAUCUGGCUGUAGGAGCAGGGCUGGAUUUGACUAAGUGGUAGAAAAGAAAAAGCACUUUUGGUAUAUGGAAUAUUUGUGCCAUACAAAGGUUAAAUACCUCAGAUCCUCCUCCAAAGUAGAGGAGGGGAAAGAAAUGUGAAUGUGAGAUUAAAAAUUCAGGCAUACAGAGAGCUGAUGUUGUAUACUGAGUGGUGUCUUGAACACAACGGGAAUGUAAGGAAACAAAGGUUUAUCUUUUAGGAAGUAAGUGAAAUUUGCUUCUCUGACUACUAGUAUACUAACAUGCUGAAGGCUUCUGUGGUAGGUAGACUCGUUCAAGUCAGCUAAAUGAUGUAAAUAUUUUACAUUGAUCUGUAUUGUUAUAAACAAAUGUAUCACAGACUGUACUAUUCUUGAGAAUGUU